CCUGUCUGCAUGUCCUACAACUGCUGCUCUGGAAACUUCUUCUCCCGCUCCUUUGGGGGCUACCUGCAGUACCUAGGCAUCUCCCGUGGCUCUUCCUUCCCCAGCAACCUGGUCUACUGCACUGACCUCCGCUCUCCAAGCACCUACCAGCUGGGAUCCUCUCUGUACAGUGGCUGUCAGGAGAACUACUGUGAGCCCACCAGAUACCAGAUGUCCUGUGUGCUAUCCAGCCCCUGCCAGACAUCCUACUACCACCCAAGGACCUCCACACUCUGCAGUCCCUGCCAGACGACUUACUCUGGGUUUCUGGGCUUUGGUUCCAGAGGCCUUCAAUCUUUUGGUUGGAGAUCCCCAUCUCUGGGCUUUGGAUCCAGUGGUUUCCAAUCACUGGGUUGUCGCCCCAAUGCUUUCUCAUCUCUAAGUUGUAGAUCCAGCUUUUACCAUCCAACCUACUUCUCUUCUAGAAGCUGCCAGUCUGCUUUCCAACCAGCCUGUAGAUCUGGCUUCUACUAA